CCCAACGCACUUUUCCAUAACCAAUCCACUUCACCUGCUUCUUCACUCACCGGAAAACUCACCGGAAAAGCAAAAAAUUAAGAUAAGGUUAUCGAAGAAAAUGGCGAACAGUUUAAUUCUAUCGAUUAAGGUUGCGCUAAUAUCAAUUGGUGCAAUUUCCUUAGCGAUGGUAGCAAAAGCGUCGAUUCCAUUAAUUUAUUAUGAGCUCCCAGCAAUUUGGAGUGUAGUUAUAGCUUGGCUUAAGCCUCCGUAUCUCUACUUUGUUAUCAAUGGUAUAAUCCUCAUCAUCGUCGCCACUUCUCGCUCGUCGAACCAUAAGGAGUCCAGCUCCGACGAUCAAUUUCAGCCGUUGAUUACCGCUAGAACACCUCCGCAGUCAGAUUUGAUAGCGAUUACUCAAUCGGAGCUUCAUUCAGUCCAAAGUGAAGUGAAGGUGUUUGAGGCCGUGCCUGUACCGGUGGACGAACCGCAGGUGUUUGAGGUUAAGCCAGUACUGGUGAACGGCUCCGUCGUGGUUAUGAAUCAUGAAGAUGAAGACGUGAUCGAUGAGCCUGAUGCAAGCGAAGCGAUAGUGAUUUCGAAAUCUGUUGUCUCUCCGUUGCCGGAAAUUGAAACUAAAAAUGAGUUUCUUCUAGUACCGGCGACGGAAAAACCUCUGGUUUCUUCCAGAUUCGGUAACCGAAAACCUGCUGUGAAAAUGAGUCCGGAAGGAGUGAAGUCACUGAAAGUGUCGCGGUCGAAAAAGCCAGAGACAUUAGAGAACACAUGGAAAAUGAUAACAGAGGGCCGUCACGUGCCACUCACGAGGCAUAUGAAGAAAUCAGACACCUUUCACAUUCACGUGGCUGCCGUGGACGACGACGCUCCGGAGGAAAACGAGAAUUCCACCACCUUUCCACCGCAGCACCACCACCAGAGGCACGUGCUUAAGUCGGAGACUUUCAAGGACCGAACAAACUAUGUCUCGCCGUCGUAUUCACCGUCGCCGGCGGCUGUGAAGAUCCGGAAGGAUCCGUCGCUGAGCUCCGACGAGUUGAAUCGGAAAGUGGAGGCGUUUAUUAAAAAGUUCAAUGAAGAUAUGAGAUUACAGAGGCAACAGUCUAUGCAGCAGUACAUGGAGAUGAUUAACCGUGGAGUCUAAAUUACUUAGUUAUACUAAUUUUACUUUUUAAAAAAAGAAUUUUUUUCCUUUUUAAAAAAAAAAGGUUGGCUGGAAAAAAAGAAAAUGAAUUUGCAAUUUGUAUUUAGCUUUUAGGCUUUUGAGUGACUUGUUUUUUUUGUUUGAUUUUUAUAGUAAAAAUAGGAAGUAUAGGAAAGGUUUUAUUGUAUAGAAAGUAUAGGAAAGCUUUAAAAACAGUGAAUUGUUCUUUUAUUUCUUAUAGUUUAUUAAAUGAAUAAAAAAAUGAAAAUAUAG